UUGGAUUUGUAAUGGGUGGCAGGCGCCUUCUCCACGGCAAUUACUUCACACGUUACCUUUUCGGCUCACUCGCUGUUAUCUGGAUUGCCGAAUAUGCUGCUGCCUGUCAAUACGGUAUACCACGCCAUCGUAAUCCCAACUGGAUGUGGUCUUGGUGGCUCGAGAAGCAGAACCAGAUAAAAAAUGGUGAGAUACCAGCCAACACCCCAGGUUAUGCUAUGGUCAAGUGGAACAAUGAGGCCGAACAGAGAUGGCUCAAGACGCUCAAUGUUGAGGCUAUGAACGAGGAAUUCGCCCGCCGUCGGGAGGCUUACUACAAAGGUCAUCACGGUGGUCACUAAUAUGCCCAUACUCACUUGUUAUUACAUCCGUACGCUAGGGCGUCGGAAUACGAAAGGUCGAUCAGCGUUGUGAUGUUGAAGGACGCUUUUGU